AUGUUUGAUUCUGUUCCCACCUGGAAAGGCAUGCCCAGUGAUGAUAGCACUCACGAGUCGAUGCCACUGAAGAGGAAGAGGGAAAAUGAAGACGGAGAAUUGUUCAUGCCAACUGAUAUUCAAAGACCUGAUGAUCCUGCUAUCGAAGCCUUACCGGUAGUCAGCACAGGUCGAUUCAAAAACCAUCAACAGAAAACCAUAGAAGAGCAAGCAAGACACAUACAGUCCAAUUUGAUAACGCAAAUGGAGAAUGCGCACUCUGAUCCAGAUGCGGGGGAAUGGCUACUGGAAGAUGAACUAUGUGGUGGAAAGGGGUGCACAGAUCCACAGGGAACUACCAGUCUCAGGGGUGCUGAUAAUUCUUUGGUUUAUACCUCGGAUAUAGACUGGAACGCUAAGCACUUGGAUGAGAAAGCUUGCUGUAGGACUCGUGCAGAGUUCUAUGUUAAACAUACACAUCUUUUUACUAAGUGCACUGAAUGUGAUGAUAACGGGAAUAUAAUCAAUAGAGGAGAGGAAUGGAAGUCUGAAGCACAUCAUAAAGGAUCGUCUGAGUAUGGCAAUAAUAAGAAGAAAAUGACGCCUACUUCUACUAGCAAUGACGAGGGAAAUGAUAUUGAGAAUACUUCUGCAUCACUCAAUAGUGGUGGGUCGCAAGGGAGAAUUGAUGAAGGAGUGGUAAGGAAUGAGGACGCAAUGGAAGAGGAAAAAGGAGAGGAAGCCAACGAGGAUAGGAAGGAGGGAAUAGACGGAUCUGCAUCGGACGACUCCGAGAAAUUGGCCGAUAAUGAUGCUAAGAUACUUCCCCUGCCCGAGGGGGAAGAUACAAAAGAGGUUGGAGCGUUCGAUAGAUCUGCUGAUGCUACCCUACCUUUGAAAUCUGCGCCGCCAGCUAAGGAGACGAAUAAUGAAGGGGAAAGUGAAGGUCGACAACAGGCUAACCCCAGUAGUAAAAGGCAGAUGAAAAGAGCGGCGAAGAGAGCUCGAAAGGCAGCUAGAGCUGAUAAGUCGGGGGGAAAGGGGAACUCAGGGAAAGCAGAACCGAUAGAAAGAAUGCAAAAAGGGAGGAACAAGAAUAACAGGCAAGCGGCUAAUCCUAAUAGUAAACGGCAAGUGAAGAGGGCUGCGAAGAAAGCUGCGAGAAAGGCUCGUAAGGAAGCUGCUAAGAAGGAGAAUGGGAAAAAAUAA